GCUUGAAGUCAGUCUAGCGAAAAACGUGCUACCGACAGGACGGUCUUCGCCAUUCGCCGGUGUGCGCCAAACUAAUUCAAAUCCUUCUUCCGGUGCAGUGUAUGUGUGUUUGCUUCGAGUGUGCAAGUGCUACCUAUCUAUACUGUACCACAAACCGUAAAGUAGGGGUGCGUUAUCAGUCCUCAAGCACUUCAUCAGCAAAAGCAGAAUUUAUCGCUCAAGCAAGUAGUGGCAAACGUGACGGAAUCCGAGUGUAAGUGGAGUGUUCUUUUCAAAAACGAAGCAAAAAAAAGGAGAACUUAAAAACAACCGGUCUGCAGUGUGGGUUUCUUGGGUGGGAAAUUUGUUGCAACAUAAAUACAACGGGGGAUAUUAGAAAAGAAAAACACAUUACUUGAGUGAGGUGCAGAAAGUUUCGGUACGGUUCGAUCGCGGGUUUCCAUCAUUCUCGGUUGCCAGCGCAGGACGUCAUCAACAUCAUGUACCCGUACUACGAGACCGACUGGAGCAUUCUACCGCCGGAGCACAAUCGAAGAUACAGUCCAGGUCUGACCAUCAACAAUAUCAAACAGGUGAUCAACGAAACAAUCGAAACCAAUAUCUUACGAAAGCCUGCCCCAACACGCUUGCGGGAGCUAAUUCGACAGAUCCGCGCCUGUCGAACGGCCGCCGAGGAACGGGCGGUGGUCAACACAGAAUGUGCCUACAUCCGAAGUACCUUCCGCGAGACGGACUGCAUCUGGAAAUGUCGCAAUAUGGCCAAACUGCUGUACAUCCACAUGCUCGGCUAUCCGGCCCAUUUCGGACAGGUGGAGUGUCUCAAGCUGGCCGCUAGCUCCAAAUAUACCGACAAGCGGAUAGGUUAUCUGGGCGCGAUGCUGCUGCUGGACGAACGAACCGACGUGCACGUGCUGCUUACGAACUGCCUUAAAAACGAUCUCAACAGCUCCACACAAUUCGUCGUAGGCACUGCACUGUGCACACUAGCCGCCAUUGCAUCACCCGAGAUGGCCCGCGACCUGUGCAACGAUGUCGAGCGUCUGAUCGUCUCUACCAAUGCGUUCCUGCGCAAAAAAGCUAUCCUAUGUGCCUUCCGCUUUGUACGACGCGUCCCGGAGUUGAUGGAGGACUAUCUGCCCAAGUGUGAAGUGUUCCUGGCGGACAAAAACCACGGUAUCCUGAUCGCUACCAUCACACUUAUCACCGAGAUGUGCGAACAGAGUUUGCCCGUGCUGCGGUACUUUAAAUCCAUCAUACCUACCCUGGUGCGCAUGCUGAAGUCGCUCACGGUGACCGGCUAUUCGCCGGAGCAUCUGGUUAGCGGUGUAAGCGAUCCGUUCCUGCAGGUUAAGAUACUGCGACUGUUGCGUGUACUAGGCCACGGAGAUUCAACACAGUCGGAAAUUAUGAACGAUGUUCUGGCACAGGUCGCUACCAGUACGGAAACGAGCAAAAAUGCCGGCAAUGCGAUACUGUACGAAACGGUCCUCACCAUCAUGAACGUUGAGUCGGAGAACAGUUUGCGAGUGCUGGCGGUUAACAUUCUCGGACGUUUUCUGCUCAAUAACGAUAAAAACAUUCGCUUCAUCGGGUUGCUAACGCUCGUCAAGACCGUACACAAAGACAUGACGGCGGUACAGCGCCAUCGCAUAACGAUUCUCGAGUGCCUUUCGGAUGGUGAUCCAUCGAUACAGCGAUGUGCCAUGGAACUGUCUUUCACCCUCAUCAACACACAGAACAUCGAGAUGGUUGUGCGGGAACUGCUGCGCUACCUCGAAUCGACCGACGCCGAAAUGAAGGCGCUCUGUAGCAGCAAGAUCGUACUGGCGGCCGAAACCUAUUCGCCGUCGAUUCGUUGGCAUCUGGAUGUGCUGUUAAAAAUUCUCACAAUUGCCGGAAACAACAUCAGAGACGAUGUGAUCUCAUCGACCAUUCAGCUCAUCUCGAACAGCCCACAGCACGAGCAGCGUUUCAUUACCGACAAAAUGUGGGAAGCCAUCAUGAACAUGAACCAGCUCGAGAACCGACAACCGCUGGUGCAAGUGGCUGUAUGGACGAUCGGCGAGUACGGAGAAUCUGGGGGAUUCGAUGAGUUCGAGCUAAUUGAACACUAUCGGCAACUGUUGUGGGCACCGCAGCUUUCGAUCACCACCAAGCAGUACAUCCUGGUGUCGUUGGCAAAGAUUAGCGUUCGAAUAGAUGGCUGUACACCCGAAAUUCAAAACAUCAUCAACUCAUUCAGAGUGCACAUGAACAUCGAUCUGCAACAGCGUGCAAACGAAUUCUCGCAGCUAUUCACCAACUACAAACACCUGCGAAAUUCGUUGCUGGAAAAAAUGCCAAAACUGAAGCUAACGGAGCUGACGACUUCGGAGUACAAUGCUGAUUUUGCAUCUCCCGAGUCAACCGAAGUGGAAGAGCAGCAGGAAGAUCCGGAGGCUGAGCAGGAACCUUCGAAUCAGGAUAUCCUGCUGGAUUUACUGGGAGAUUGUUUCAGCAGCGAUGGGAACGGCAACAAUGCACUGGCCGUCGUGCCCGUUUCACAACCUGCUGCUGCCACAACGCAACCCUACUAUCCAACUCCAACGACAAGCUUUAAUCAAGCCGGUUUGUCCUCGUACAACAAUAACGUUCCAAUGGCAGGAACUACCGACAGCAUUAUGGAUCUGCUUGGACUUGCAGCAGCAGCAGCAGGCACAGCACCAACAGCCCCAAAUCAAACGCAUCAGACAAUCGCUUACGCAACGUCCGGCACGGCUGCAUCGAUACCUUCGAUCGACGUCUAUCACAAGGACGACAUCUUCAUCCGGUUCUUUAUCCAUCCUACCGUGGACGAGCAGCAGCCUUCAUCCACUGCCUCAGCCCGUAUCACCGUUCAAACAACCAACGGAUCGCAAGCGACGAUCGAAAAGUUCCUCUUUCAAGCGGCGGUCCCAAAAUCGUUCGUACUGACGCUCCGGGAGCCUUCGAGCACAGUGAUGCCACCGGGCGGGACGAUCAUGCAGGACCUAUUGAUUGCACGGCAAACUUCACCCAGCCAUGCAGGACCGGGACUGCGCAUGAAGGUUCGGUUUUCGUACGAAGUCGAAAACUAUUCCAUGAUGGAGCAGAUCGAUGUGAACGAUUUUCCGAGCGGUUUUCUACGCUAGCAUUUUCAAAAUGGCCGUUAAAAAGCGUAGCGCUUUGGGGAGAAAAGAUGGCCUUAGCAUUUGUAGACAGUGACAUAAUCGGACGGAAGAGGCAAGAUAGAUUUCAUAGAAAGAAGAAUCGCAGUUAAAUGGAUUCCGGCAACUAGAAAGAACGAAUAAUGGUACAAAGCAUACGAUAGAAACGCGGGCAUGAUGGAUUCGAACCGUUUUGUACAGAAUGUUUAGAAACAGAGCUGCACUUUUACAAUGCCCCAUGAAGAUGGAAAACUAAUAUGAUAAGAAAAGGGGCUUCUUGUUCAAAACCUUGUCGCUCGAUUCCUUACCACUGUUCCAGUACGGAUUUCUAACUGAACAACAGGUAUCCCACAUGUGAUCAGAGUGUAUUUUAUCACAAAAAAAGAAACAUUACCCCACCAAACCUACCUACCUAUACGUAUGCACAUAAAUUGGACCAAACUUAUUGACCAGAGCAAAACCUAUCUCCUAGAAACGUGUAAAAAGUACACUCGGAACUGUUUCAUCUUAGCACCGUAGAGCAGCAUAGAUCACGGGCAUCGAUCGCUGUUUUACGCACAUUUUGACCAUCCCAGCGAUUCAUAUUUAAUCACAACGGAUAAAUGACCACCAAGAGAAUGACUGAAACGCUCAAUUACAUCUUUUCUAUCACGAAGUACGCUGGUCAACGACCCCUUCAUUCACAAGCAACUUACACAGAAUGUGAUUUUAAGAAGAAAUUCAUCUACGAAUCUUUUCUAUAUCAAUGUUGCGUAGGAAGUGCAGUACGGACGCUAUACCUGCACCGGAAGAUGGCUAAUAUAGAAAAGCGGAACUAUUCUGUAGGAACACGUUGAAAAAUUGAUAGUAUUCGUUACUUUUAAACCAAUGGAACACAAUUGUUCGAAUGUUUGUGAAGCGACUUUUAAGGAAACAAUUGUUUUAUGUUUCGUUUUUUUUUUUUAUAUAGAUGACCUAUAAAUAAAGCAAGUUAAGACGAAAACAAAAAAAAAAA